AUGACGGUAGAUAAGAGGAUUGUGCUGAUUACCGGUGCCGCCGCGGGUAUCGGCCUCGAGGCUGUCAAGGCCCUGGUUGCUUCGGAGCGAGGGAGCUACGAGAUUCUCUUGUCCGCCCGCAAGCUUGCGCAGGCACAAGCCGCCGUCGAGGAAAUCGCGCGCGACCUGCCGUCAGCGGCGUCCAGCGUGACGCCGCUGGAGAUUGACGUGUCGUCCGAUGAGUCCAUCGAGGCCGCCGCCGAGCUCGUCCAAAGCCGCCAUGGCCGCAUCGAUGUCCUCGUCAACAACGCCGGCCUCUUGCCCGACUUUGCCGUCGUCAGCGGCCAUCUCUCCCUGCGCGAGGGCUGGGCCAAGGCGUGGGACAUCAACGUCACCGGCGCGCACGUCGUGACGCACACCUUUGCGCCGCUCCUGCUGCGCUCCGCCGACCCGCGACUGCUCUUCCUCACGAGCAGCACCUCGACGCUCCUCGGCACCGAAAACGGCGACCUGCCGACCAACAAGCCCUCCAACGCGGGCUGGCCCAAGACGCCGAUGCGCACCAUGGUGCCCUCGUACCGCGCCGCCAAGGCCGGCCUGAACAUGGUCAUGCGGGAAUGGCAUCGCAUGCUCAAGGACGACGGCGUCAGGACCUGGGCCGUCUCCCCGGGCUUCCUAGCCACCUGCCUCGGCGGCGACCAAGACGCCAACAAGGCCAUGGGCGCCGGCGACCCCGCGCUCGGCGGCGGCUUCAUCAAGGACAUUAUCGAGGGCAAUAGAGACGCGGAUGCCGGCAAGGUCAUCACCCGCGACGGCAUUCAACCGUGGUGA